AUGAAUGCCCAAGCACGACAAGGGUGUCGAUAUCGAUCUGCAGACCGCUUAGAAAACUCAAUUAAUGAUGAAUUCUGGGCUUCUGUUGUCUAUGGCAUGUGA